GUAGCUUGUUUAUAGUUUUUAUUUUACAAAAACUAUAACACAAAAUAUCGUUGUAUACUGAAGAUUUUGGUACAAAACUUUCAAGAAACAAAUGUUUUCUUCUGUGUGAUAAUAAUAAUUACGCAUCCUUUGUUUGUAGGAUUUUAUUGCCUAAGUUUUAAAUUCUUAUAAAAAUGCAGAGGUGCACUUUGUGUAAUGAAUACUAUGUGGGAGCUGAACAUGAAGUAACUGGAAAGCAUGUAAAGAAUAAAGCUCUUUACGAAUAUUCACUUUACCGAAAAGUGUUGAGUGGUAAUAAGAGAGGGAUAGCAUUUAAAUGCAAUGUCAGCUCAUCAGUCAUGACUGUUACUGAUUCCGAAGCAAAAAGUAUUCAGAUAUCUGCAAAACCAAACGAAGAGGUGAAAUUUUAUUUUCAUUUAUCUAAUGAAAACAGCAAUGGCUGCGUAUUUAUCAACUUCAUUCAAGUUCCUGCAAAUAACUUGAAUUUCACAAUGAAUGAUCAUAAUCUAGGGUAUGGCUGUGCUCCGACUUGCGUAACACCAGAAUCAAAACUAAGGCAAGAGAUCUACGUCAAAUUUAAAUCUCCUCAUAUAGGAGAAUACAACAUGCCUAUUAUGGUCUCAUGUUAUAUUGAUACCCCAAAUGAUGAAGUUUUCUUCAUGAGGGAAAUGACUGUAUACGUAGAAGUGAACAACAUCGUACAUGAAACUAUUAACAGCCCCUACUCAAAUAAAGCAGUCAUGGCGGAAACUCUAAUUAGAACCACUAAAUCGCACAACAACAAAAACCAAGACGAGUUUCGCAUCCCCAAGAAUUAUAAGACAAUAUACGCACAUGGACUCAAAGUAAAACCAGAUUCUGCUGAAAAUAUCAAGUCAUUGGCGGAGGACAUAAGGACUAUUUUCAGAACCGGAAUCACCCAAGAUAAUUACAUAAGAUUCUUUCACCAUCUACUGUGGUAUGAAGAGACAAUCGUCAGGAUUAACCUUAAGAAGUACAACAUGACUGGAGUGACUAUGGAAAGGGUUGGCGGCGACGCUUUGAAGUUGCUUGUGCCGGGGCUAGCAGAAAAACGUCCGUCUUUGCUGUUAGGUGACUUGGUGUUUGUAAAGCCACAACAAACGGACGCUUUCAUGUUCGAAGCUGUGAUAUCCGAGAUCCUCGAGAAUAAUAUCCAUAUUAGGGGACUCGAUGAUCAGUUCUGGCAGUACUACGGGCCGUCUUAUAAGUACGACGUGCGCUUCUUCAUGUCUCGCAUGCCGCUGGAGCGAAUGCACUGCGCCGUGCACAGCGUCGUCAAGCACGGCCACGAGGCGCGCGUGUUCCCGCAGCCAGCUACCCGAAAAGUUCCUAAGCCGAAGUCUAUCCAGAAUUACUACAACCUCCUCGUGGAGCAAAACCCCGAGCAACGCCUGGCCGUCGAGCAUAUAGUGGCGGGCACGGCGGGCCUGGCGCCCUACUUGCUGCACGGGCCGCCUGGCACCGGCAAGACUGUCACCAUCGUCGAGGCUAUACUGCAGCUUGUCAAUAAAGACUAUAGAAACCGCAUAUUGGUUUGCACGGAUUCCAACAUGGCGGCGGACCACUUGGCCACGAUGCUGAUCCGGUACACCCAUAUGUUCCCGCACAACCUACUUCUGCGCGCUAACUCUAAGUACAGAGUGUGGGAGACCCUGCCCGAUUGCCUGAUAAAGUUCUCGAACGGUUCCGACUUUUUCAACUUCAGAAAUGUGUCCGUUGACGAGUUUCUGUCUUACCGCAUCAUCAUAACAACGCUGUCUCACGCCGCCAAGUAUGUUAGGCAGUUCAGAGUCAUGAGGAACAAGCAUCCGAUCACGCAUCUGUUCAUCGACGAGGCAGCGCAGGCGAGCGAACCAGCGUGUCUCAUCCCGAUGUGUGGUCUUCUGGAGAAGAAUGGCUCUCUUGUGCUGGCAGGAGAUCCAUUGCAGCUGGGACCUGUGGUUAUUUCCAACAACGCGCGCUUGCAAGGACUCGUGUAUCUUUUCAUCCCGAUGUGUGGUCUUCUGGAGAAGAAUGGCUCUCUUGUGCUGGCAGGGGAUCCAUUGCAGCUGGGACCUGUGGUUAUUUCCAACAACGCGCGCUUGCAGGGACUCGGGCUCUCGCUGAUGGAGCGCCUGAUGACGACGUCUCCCUUAUACGGCACGGAGGAGGCCGACAUGGACCCGAAGUACACGGUGAUGCUGCGCAACAACUUCCGAUCCAACCCCGACAUCUUGGAGAUACCCAACCGGCUGUUCUACAAGGGGCAACUACGGGCUUUAGCGAUUGAGGACAAGAUAAGCAACGUCGACAUUCUGGGCGAGAAGAAGGAAAGCCGAGCCAUUGUAUUCCACGGAGUGCUUUCACAAGAAUCGAAAAUGGGCAAGUCACCCAGCUACUUUAACAACAUGGAAUUUGAGAUAGUACAGAUGUACGUAACAGCACUGUUAAAGCGACACGGAAUACCGCCAGAAGACAUUGGCAUAGUGACGCCUUACAUUCGCCAGGUGUAUAAGAUUAAGUCCUGGCUUCUGAGCCAAGGACUGAAGACCCUAGAGGUGGGGACUGUGGAAGCGUUCCAAGGCAAGGAGAAACGCGUCAUCGUCGUUUCCACUGUGCGCGCUAGUUGUGGCUUGCUCGACCACGACGCCAAGUAUAAGCUUGGCUUCCUUGUUGAUGAUAAGAACUCAAUAUCCAAAGAGAAGUGUGCCAUAGACGUUUCCACCGUGCGCGCUAGUUGUAGCUUGCUCGACCACGACGCCAAGUAUAAGCUCGGCUUCCUUGUUGAUGAUAAGAACUCAAUAUCCAAGGAGAAGUGUGCCAUAGACGUUUCCACCGUGCGCGCUAGUUGUGGUUUGUUCGACCACGACGCCAAGUAUAAGCUCGGCUUCCUUGUUGAUGAUAAGAUCUCAAUAUCCAAGGAGAAGUGUGCCAUAGACGUUUCCACCGUGCGCGCUAGUUGUGGCUUGCUUGACCACGACGCCAAGUAUAAGCUCGGCUUCCUUGUUGAUGAUAAGCGCUUCAACGUGGCCAUAACCCGCGCCAAGGCCAAAGCGAUCAUAAUCGGCAACCCGCUAUGCUUGGGACGGGACGCCAAGUGGCGCGCGCUCAUGGACCGCUGCCGCGAGCUCGGGACCUACGCGGGACACGACGCUAAUGCUGCCAACCCUGCGGCCGCGCAAGAUGAUAUGCUGCAACGCCUGCGGCCUGUGUUGAAGGAACUCAAGAUCAAUAAAGGCAAGGCUUAAGGUACAGAGGGAAAUGUUAAUGGAGUGGAGUGUAGGAGUAGGGCCGUUUUACAUCAGAACAGAGACGAGACGCGUUAUAAGCAACCAAUAAAGCUUCGUUAUUUACUCGUCUCGUCUUUGCUCAGCUUUAGCUAAAAUCGCGCAAAAGCCAAGCUUCACCUACGCGGGACACGACGCUAAUGCUGCCAACCCUGCGGCCGCGCAAGAUGACAUGCUACAGCGUCUGCGGCCUGUGCUGAAGGAACUCAAGAUCAAUAAAGGCAAGGCUUAAAUCCAUCCAUUGAUGCGGAGCGGGAUAAGGGAGUAGGGAACGGAGACGACGUUAUAAGCAAACGUUAUUUACUCGUCUCGUCUUCGAUCAGCUGUAGCGUGUCAACGUGGCUCUAAUUUACGCUAAAGUCAUAAAAUCCUACGUCGGAUACGAUGCUGCCGCCACCAACCCUGCGGCCGCGCAAGAUGACAUGCUACAGCGCCUGCAGCCUGUGCUGAAGGAGCUCAAGAUCAACAAAGGCAAGGCCUAAGUGAAUUAAUGGAGCGGGGUAAGUAAGGGCCGUUUUCCAGCGGAACGGAGACGAGACGCGUUAUAAGCAACUAAUAAAACUUCGUUAUUUACUCGUCUCGUCUUUGCUCAGCUUUAGCGUAUUAAUCGCGCCAAAGACAAGCUUCACCUACGCGGGACACAACGCUAAUGUCGCCUACCCUGCUUCCGCGCAAAAUGACAUGCCGCAGCGCCUGCGGCCUGUACUGAAGGAGCUCAAGAUCAACAAAGGCAAGGCUUAAAGUAUGUCCAUUCGAGCAGAGCGACGGAACGGAAAGGGGGUUAGGAAGUAAGGGCCGUUUUACACCAGAACGUAGACGAGACGCAUUAUAAGUUCUAUACUCGUCUCUUCUCCGCUCAGUUUUAGCCAAAGCUUCACCUAAGCCAGCCUCAACGCCUCAACCGUUAACGGUGCGCUCGCGCAAGAUGACAUGUUGCAGCAUUUACGUCCUGUGCUGAAGAGCUGAAGAUCAAUAAAGGCAAGAUUUAAACUGCGGAGCGAUGUAGUAGAGCGAGGUGUGGGAGUGUGGGCCGUUUUGCACCAGAACGGAGACGAGACGCGUUAUAUGCAACCAAUAAAACUUCGUAACAUACCGCGACCCUGUAUUUCCGUUUCCCCGCUCCACAUACGCGCUUUGCAUUAAAAUUUAAACUAGUGCGCAUCUUUUCCACUGCAGCGAAGCGGAGAAUUUAAGUAGUCCUGUUGGUUUGGUGCGGCAGCUCCGUUCCGCUCUCCUCUUCGCUCCAGUGGAUAGACAGCCAGUGUGGGUUCAUAGUCACGUCUAGUUCAAAAUGCGUUAUAAAGAUGCCGUUAACUGUAAAACGGCACAAGAUAUCACUAUAAAACCACACUAAACCGCGUGAUGUCAAAUUGUCAACUUAUCUGAACUAGGCUAUUGAGACGUAAGACUGAUUUUGUAACGUAGAUCGAUAUCAUCUGUAAUUUUAAUUACAAAUACGACAAUAGCGCCCGAGGUAUGUAGGUAUGAGCUUAUUAAUACACAGUAUCCCUUUUUUGUUCUCUGUUUUGUAAUUUGAAUAGUUUUCAGCGUAAGAAAUAUUUGUGUGGACAUCGUUUUUAUAAUGCGAUGUUGUAAACAUGCGGAUAUAGAUACCGUAUCAAUAAUGGCUAGUGAUCGAAUAAAUAAACAGACGCUUAUUUACUUUACCUCACUCACAGUUACUCACUCUACCUUAUACUAUUUUAAAUUCAGGCGCGUAUUUAAAAAAAUACAUUUAUAUAUAAUUUUUUAUACACGAAUUCGCGUCCAAAU